AUGGGGGGCGGAGGGGCAGGAAGCGCCUUUGAUCCUCGCUGCUGCCCCGCCCGCAAACCCGCGCCCGGGUCGGUGCUGAAGGUCGGGGUGAGGGACAGAGGGGACAGCCAGGACAUCCAGGAAAGCCAGGACUGCCAGGAUAUCCAGGAGAGCCAGGAGAGAGAGCCAGGAGAGCCAGGAGAGCCAGGACUGCCAGGAUAUCCAGGAGAGCCAGGAGAGCCAGGAGAGCCAGGACUGCCAGGAUAUCCAGGAGAGCCAGGAGAGCCAGGAGAGCCAGGACUGCCAGGAUAUCCAGGAGAGCCAGGAGAGCCAGGAGAGCCAGGACUGCCAGGAUAUCCAGGAGAGCCAGGAGAGCCAGGAGAGCCAGGACUGCCAGGAUAUCCAGGAGAGCCAGGAGAGCCAGGAGAGCCAGGACUGCCAGGAUAUCCAGGAGAGCCAGGAGAGCCAGGAGAGCCAGGACUGCCAGGAUAUCCAGGAGAGCCAGGAGAGCCAGGAGAGCCAGGACUGCCAGGAUAUCCAGGAGAGCCAGGAGAGCCAGGAGAGCCAGGACAUCCAGGAGAGCCAGGAGAGCCAAGACAGCCAGGACUGCCAGGACAUCCAGGAAAGCCAGGAGAGCCAGGAUAUCCAGGACAUCAAAGACAGCCAGGAAAGCCAGGACAGCCAGGACAUCCAGGACAUCCAGGACAUCCAGGAGAGCCAGGAGAGCCAGGACAGCCAUGACAUCCAGGACAUCCAGGAGAGCCAGGAGAGCCAGGAGCACUCCCAAGGAGAGGACAGACCCUGACCCUCAGGGGCAGCAGGAUGGAGCAGCAGGGCUGGCAGAGCUCCUUCCCUCAGCUCCAGCACCAAGGCCCCACGUCCCCUCCGUUCCUCCAGCAGCUGAGCUCCUCCACGCAGAACUGACAGGAAUUCAUCAGCAGUUUUCUAAUUGCUGGGCUUUGGGAGUUAUCCUUUGGGAUCCUGGCCAUGGAUGGAUGGAUGGUGAAGAGCUCUUGGGUCAAGCAGGAGCUCAGUGCUUUUCUCUUUCAAGGACUCUUGCCUGGUUUCCUGUGGAAUUUUUUUGUCUUUAUUUUUACCCUUUUUCUCUUUUUUUUCCCCUGCAUUUUUGGCAUUUCCUGAUGAUGCUGGAGCUGCAGUGGAUCCCGUGGUGGGAGCUGGAAGCUUUGGAAGAGCAGGAGCUGAGGUUUCAAAGUGUCUGGCAGAGGCUGAUCCUGCCCUGGGUGGGCUCAGGAGGCUCCUUCUGGAACAUCCCAGUGGAUCCCAGUCCAGUGGGACUGGGAAGCAGAGCAGGAAUGGGGCAAGCCAACGUCACAAUGAGGGGAAUGUCCCCCUCAGGCACAAUUAAAUUGCAUUUAACAAACCCCACUGGCUCAGUGAGUGCUGGAUGUUGUUUUCCACUUGCCACAUUUCCAGGGGAUUUCGGGGAUGCCUUGGAUUGUCCAGGAAACCUUGAGGAGCUCCUGCCCUAACAGAGCCAGCCCAGGAGUUUCACACCUUCGUUUUGCAGGGAAAUGUCCUUUCUCUCUUCCCUUUCCACCCUUUAACCACCACUGCCACCCCCCCUGCUCCAAAAACCACUGAAAUGCAAAUUAUUUCCCCUAGAACGCUGUUGUUAAUUGUCCCUGGAUUCUGUUCC